UUAUUGUUGUUAAUAAUAAUAAUAAUAAUUCUGUAGUUGUUGUUUAGUAGUAUUUUUGUUUCUUGUCUAUUUUGUUCUCCUAUUAUUUACAAAGUAUUCCUUUCCAGAGAUCCCUCCUCCAAGAUGCAGUUUAGUUCCUCCUAUUUUCAUCCAGCUAAAAACUGUCUGUUCACACUGAGACCGGCUCAAACACUUUGUCUGACUGUAUGCACAGCUGUCAAAGAGACUCAUCUUUGUCUGCAGGUGCUAGACAAACACACCAUUUGGAUUUCUUAAAACUCUAGUUGAUUUUGCCUUUACCAAAGCACAAAGAGAAGUAUCAACAUGGAGAACAGCUUAAGCCACGAAGCAGAGGAAAAUCCCUAUCUGUGUUUUCAGAGAACACCGUCUCUCAGACGUAAAUGGAGAAAGCGAUACGGAGGCCUGGAUGGCAACAAACUGCUGGAGCCAAAUAAGGAGGACGAGACAAGAGAAAAUGGAGAGAUGACAGAUGCCCUCACAAACAGGAACGCAGACCCUGUGAAGUUUACUGCGUCUAAGGAAACAAAAUCCGCCGGGAACAUUCCACAUUCUGUGCCAAGAAAUACCUUUCCAUCCCAGAGGCCAGUCAAUUACGUCUCUCCAGGCUCUACAGGCAUGCCAUUUUUUAUAAGCAACGGAGGCACAAAACGGACAGUACCACAGCAGGACAAACUUCAAGCUAGCCAAGCAUGGCAACACUUGGGCCGACCAGAGACCCCUCAAGGUCAUUUUAAGAAAAAAGUGGCUGCUGAUGUGCUCUUUGAUAGUUUCGCCUCUGGGGGAAGAGUCAACUGCAAUCAGUUUUUUGAGGCCCUGUGGAGCUCAGGAAUCAUCCGAACAGACCCGCGGAUUAAAGACUGCUACAGCCUGAUGCGGAAACUACAGGAAGCAGAUGGAACUGUUGACAGGAACACUUUUCACAGGUGCGUGACAGGCUUUGUGUCUUUCAUCCUGAAGGCAUUGCAGGGAAGAUUUGUCAUUCCAGAUUUCUCUACCUUUGCAGAGGAAACACAAAAGCUGUUUAUUAAAUGCAAACAACUGUCCCCUGUUAAGGAGAAAGAAGACGUAAGAGAGAGCAGCACAAAAUGGGGCAUUUCAGUUUGUACUGUGGAUGGGCAGAGACUUUCCUUAGGAGACUGGGCUGAACCUUGCAUUCUGGGAGAGAUAUCCUGGCCUCUCGUAUACAGCCUGGCGGUGGACCAGCAAGGAUCCGACUACGUGCACAGAUUUGUUGGAAUGGAGGAAUAUUCCAAAUAUGAGUCUCCAUUUACCCUGACCAAGCAAGGUGUUCCUCAUAGUCCGCUGGUUGAGACAGGAGCCAUUAUCUGCACUUCUUUAUUACAGCUGGCAACCAGGCAAGUCACUGAUGAAGAAGAAAAGUACGAGUCUGUUUUGAAUAUCAUCAGAAGACUGUGCAACAAAGAGCAUGCAAACCUAAACUGCACCAGUUAUCAAACCUUGCGAAAAGACAUCAUCCGUCUCCACGCUCUUUCAUUUUACUUGCAAGAGAAGAAAUGCUUUCCGGAAGGUGUGGGGAUCAAUUCUACACUGGAUUUACUGUUACAGUGUUUAUCGACAGAAGUCACCUGCGAGUCCGGCGCGGCAUUGGCCGCAACCCUAGCUAAUGGAGGACUGUGCCCUCUGUCAGGUGACCAAGUGAUGUCCCCCCACGCUGUCCGCAGUGCACUUUCCAUGAUGCAGGUGGCUGGAAUGAAUGAUUAUUCCAGAACAUUUCAUUUCAGGUUGCUAAAGGAAAAGAUCAAUGGAGUUGAAGGAACAAAACUGGAUGAGGAAUUCCUCAACAUGGAAAGGAAAACUGAUAUUACCCACAAAAUGAUUCUUGACCUUGUUCCAAAAACUAUAGGAUAUCUUCAGCCAAACCCAGCAUACAGAGCAAAGCUCAGCAUGCUCAACACGGUGUCCAGAAUGCGUGGGCAGGUGAAGGCUGUGGGCUAUCCACAGACAGAGGGCAUUCUGGGAGAUUGCAUGUUGCACUAUGGCAGUGAGCUUGGAGCUGAGUCUGGUUUUGGUUAUGCUCUGUUUGAAAUGGGAGAGGCGUUGAAACAAGUAGCGCAGGCAAGAGACAGUAUGGAUGCGCGAGUGAAACGAACCUUCAUUGAUCCUCUGCAGUCCCUGCAGCACAGAGAGCUGAAGGAAAUUGAGUAUCAUCUGAGAAAACUUGAAGGCCGCCGUCUAGAUUUGGAUUACAAAAAGAGACGUAAAGGAAAGAUUUCAGACUCUGAAAUGAAGAUAGCACUCGAGAAGUUUGAAGAAUCCAAAGAACUGGCUGAGAGAAGCAUGUUUAAUCUCCUAGAGAGAGAUGUCCAACGGAUGCAACACCUCUCAGGUCUUUUAGGAGCAGUAAUAGACUACCACCGCCAGUCAUCCCAGAUUCUAGAAAAUCUCAGGAGCAAUUUGCAGAGCAGGAUAACAGAUGCAAGCAAUCAGCCCAAAAGGGAAUUUGCAUCUAAAUCAGUUAGGAGCACAGUGUGCUACACGGAUAUUUAUGGACUUUCCGCCUGCUCAUCAGGACAGUCAUCAGAUGCCCCGGUUGUGGUUCACCCUCCCGAGAAAGUCAACAUAAACCCUCAAACAACAGACAUGCCAACCAGCAACAAUGAUAGCGCUCCCCCCUUGGAUCAGCCUUGCUGUCGGGCACUUUACAGUUUCCAGACAGAAAACCAGGGAGAGCUCGGCUUUAAGGAGGGUGACAUCAUCAUUCUGACCAACCAGAUUGACGAGAACUGGUAUGAGGGUAUGAUCAGAGGGGUGUCUGGCUUAUUUCCCAUGAACUACGUCAAAGUCCUUGUACCUCUGCCACAAUGACGGUGGGAAAGCACUGCAUCUGGACAACAUGAACUUUUCAAGCUUUUGGAGAUUCAGAAACUUUGAUUAUUUGAUAAAGAAUAAUGUGUCAAGCACUUCUGAGCCCUGUAUAUUUAUCUGUAUGAUCACUAUGCAAAGUCAUCUACCCUGCCUUGUAUUCCUUAUUUGAUGAUUUUUUUAUGAAUCUCAAGAUGUUAAAUAAAUAUGCUGCUAUAUUAAAGUCUUAAAUAUCCUUUAUAUUAUAGCCUAUGUGCACUAUGAAUGUUGAUGUAUGUGAUCCUUCUCAAGAGCGAAUAUUUCUAUCUUUAUUUGUCCUAAAUAAAGAUAGACAUAAAUCCCAAUGUGCACUGAACUGCAUUACAAUCUGCUAGCUUAAAUAUCCAGUGUUCUCACUAUGAAAUGAAUAUAAAUCAAAUAGUAAAAUAACCUAUGUUUACUUGCUAUUUAAGAGUCCUAAAAAUAUUUAAACGCA